CCCUCUCCCUUCCCUCCCGGCCCCGCUGCUGCCAGGGGCGAAGCCGCCCGCCGCGACCCGUUUUCUUGGAUUUUAGUACUGGAAGACUCUCAAAUGACAACUUUGCUUAGGAGCUGAACCUCGUGUCCUGCCCUGUGCUCGCUGGGGGAAGGCCCUGAAGGACAUCUUGGAGUGACGGUACUGCUUCAUGCAGUUCAAUGUUCUGAGGUCAUGAAACUUAAUCCACAGCAAGCUCCAUUAUAUGGUGACUCUGUUAUUACUGUGCAGCUGACUGAGGAAGAUAAAGUUGAAGAUGAUGUAGUUUUCUACUUGGUCUUCACCGGGUCAACUGUCCAACACUGCACAAGCACAAGAAAGAUUAAUCCUGGGAGCCUGGAGACAAUUUCUCCUGGCCAUGACUGCUGUGAGACGGUGAAGGUGGUACUUUGUGCCUCCAAAGAAGGCCAUCCCAUUCUGGUCGUGGCAGAAGAGAGUUUCCAGUUCAUCCAGGAUGAAGCCUACGACGCAGCCCAGUUUCUGGCCACCUGCGCGGGGAACCAGCAGGCACUCAUCUUCACCCGCUUCUUGGACCGGUCAAGACCACCCGCUGCCGACGUGGACUUUUUGGAUGAGAAAGUGGCUUUGGCAUUUCGACACCUGAAGCUGCCGGCAGAAUGGAACGUGCUGGGAGCAGACCAGUCCCUGAACGAGAACAUCCCUCGGGAGACACUGAUGCAUUUCGCGGUGAGGCUGGGUCUGCUGCGGCUGACAUGGUUUCUGCUCCAGCAGCCAGGAGGAAGAGGAGCGCUCAGCAUCCACAACAACGAAGGCGCUACGCCCGUGAGCCUGGCCUUGGAGAGGGGCUACCAGAAGUUACAUCAACUUUUGACGGAAGAGGAAGCCAGGGAGCCGGACUCGUGGAGCACCUUGUCCCACACGGUGCACACCGGGGAGUACUGCGUGAAGCACCACCGGCGGCUUGAUGUUUACUUGCUGACGGCUGAAACCAAGGAAGGGACAAAGGCCAGCCUGGAGAGCGACAUACGGCAGCUUCAGCUACACAUGCAGAGCCACCAGCACCGGAGUUUAAGGAAGCAGACGGAGUCUGUACCGGGAGGUUCUGGGAAUAGCUGCGGCGGCGGAGCAGAGCCAGGUGGUCACCCAACCACUUCGCCUCAGAGCCUGGAAGAAAUAGCAAGAGAAGGAAGGGAGGAAAGUCCAUCUGACGUUCACCUCGACAGUGGGCAGCUCUCCGACCAAGCCCACCAGGAGGACAAGUGCCCCAGCGGGAGCCUGGGAGCUGUCAGUGAUGGACCAAACGGCUUGCGGAGUCUGGGGGAUGUGGAGAGCCCAGCGUGCUCUUGUGAAAGUAAAAAUACCGUGACGUUGGGUAAAAAGGAAGAGGAGGGGCCAGCCUCUGCUGAAGGCUCUGGGGCUGUGUCGGAUGAAAACGGCUGCACAGCGAGCCCGUAUGCAGGCGUAAACGGGGCCGUAAAUCUCCCGUCCUGUGGAAAUACAGAUGAGGAAGCUGGAAUGACAUCUGCUGGAGUUGUUCUGGAUCAAGCUGGCUUGUGCAGUAAGGAUAGCACCCAUCAGGAAGCGCAGGCUGCCGAGGAACGUGCAGCUGAGAGUGCUGUCCCUGGGGUUCAAACUGCAGGCGAAGCCCCGGCCUCCCCGGAGGGCACGGAUGUGGCCAUGGGCCAGACCGAGUGCAGGAACUGUACCGGGGCGGCUGACAGGGCGCCGGGCCAGCAGCAGGUAGAGGAUGGGAUGGCUGAGGCCACCAAAAGGAGGCCUGCGGAUCCGGAAGAGCGAUUGGCAGCUGAGGAGGAGCCAGCCAGCGCCGCUCAGCCCUUGCUCGACGGUUUUAAUGGCACUGACUGUGCGGGUGGGGAGGAUGCAAACGUGGGAGUGGUAGCGGCGUGCGACAGUACGAACACAGGUGUUGGCACUGGAGACGUCUCCGUUGAUCUUUGCGAGAGCGGUGAUAACAAAGAGACUGGAGCAGGCUCACGCACUGAUCAGGUAAACGUUGGCCUUUUGGAAAGCCAAGGGGAUGCCCGUGUGGAGGAGAGGCAGGAUGUCACCGCGAGCACCGCGGCAGCGUUACCAGCAGUGAAUGGGGCGAAGGCUCCUGCGUGUGCACCUGAACGUGGUCUUGUUUUGGAAAGCCAGGACAGCACUACGAGUGGGGCGCAAGAAAGACAGGUGGAAGUGGGUGUCACAAAUGGCAAAUCCAGCUCACCCUCCCUGGAGGACAGUGUGGAAACCGAUGGCCCUGAAAAUGGUGAUGGUGCUGGAGCUAACCAAGGCAGCGCAGAACUUGUGCGUGGCCAGGGAAGCGGUGAGAUCGCUGAGAGUGCGGGCGAAGCAAGGGAGGGUGGCGAAGCCCAGAAAGAGGAGUCAGUAGGAACUGAUACCAGCAGCAGCGGAGAUGGAGGAAGCGCAGACUCUGAAAACGGAGCUCAGGAAGUUGCUAGCUGCUGCCCUUCUGUUGAUCAAACCGCUGUUAACGAUGCCAUGGGCGACAGCUUAAAACUGGAUGCUGCUCCAGUGGGAGAGCAGGAGCCUGGGUCGCUCCCUCUGGAGGAUGCAAGUGCAUGCCUGGCGGAGAAGGAGCCUCCACAAGACGGAGAAGAGGCAGCAGAAAGCCCUCGGGGGCAGGAGGGGCUGGGUGGCGAGGUGAGAGCGCUCGCGCCCCGUCCCGACGCAGAGCACCCGACCGGAGAUGCUGCAGCGGCACUUCCCGGGCAGGAGGCGGCCCUGCGCGGUAACGACCCUGGAUUGUCUCCAUGUGCCAAGGGCGCAGACUGUGCAGAGGAUAAUUUCGUAGGCACACCCUCUGUAAUUCAUAAUGAAGAAUCUAAACAAAAGCAGGAAGUGGCAGCAGCGGCGGCGGCAGGCUCGGCACAGCUGGCCCCGCCGCGCGGCCGGGAGCCUGGCGAGGUAACCGGCGUGCUGGGGGAGCAUGCGGGGGUCCCGGGCCCUCCCGAGCACGGCCUCCAGCCUCAGGCAGAAGGAGGCACGGCUGAGCCUGAGCGGGAGGCUUCUGACAGCAGCCAGGAGCAGGUUUUGUCGGAGGAACUGCUUGCCACGGUUGUGAAAUCCUCCGCCUGCAGCCCAGGGGGGCCCACGGCCGGCGUCGAUGCGGGUGCUGGGCUGAAGGAGCCGGUCCCCGAGGAGUCGGCGGGUGAGGCUGGGGCAGCGGGUGCUGGGGAAGGCACCAUGCAAGCAGCCGAGCCGCCGGGCGAAUCGCUGGUGGCGGGGAGCAACCCUUGUCCGGACACGGGGCCGCACCAAGAGCGUGGUCCCAGCCCGCAACACAUCUCCCCGCGCAGCAGCACCCCCGAAUUAAAGGAUGCUUUGGAAGUGGUAGCCCCGAGCGUGGCUUUUGAGGCUGAAGAAGCGUUACGGAUAGCGGCGAUAACCUCCGUCACGGGGUACGAGGAAGAGCAGCAGGAUUUGGAGAGUGUCCUGCCCAGGGCAGCGCUGCAGCCCAUCGCGGAGGAGCCCACGUGCGACAGCGACUCCAGCACGGACACCGUUUGUCCGGGCAGCGAGGGCGAUGCUGCUCCCGCUGCCGCCGCAGCCCAGGGGGAGGUCUCGGCACAGCCCGAGGGCAAGCAAAGCCGAGCCGUGUCGGAGUCAGCCCUCUCGCCCUGCUCCUCCGGCUUAAAUGCUGUUGAGUCACCAGAGCAUGUGGGAGUAAAGAGUUUGGUUUCGGCAGACGAUGGCUCCUCUCCGGAUAAAGCUCCUAAAAUGGUAAAAAGUUUCGAUGCCGUAGUGUUUGCAGCGGGGACCCCUUCUUCUCCUGACCUACCAGCCGCAGGAAGAGCAGGGGCUGAGCCCCAGCCUGCAGUGGAUGUGGGAGCCGGCCUGAAUGGAGAGGCGGAUUUAAGCUCCUCCGCCAAGAAGACGGACGUCAGCCCGGCACCGCGAGCUGCCGAGCCUGGCACAGGGAAGUUGGAAAUGAAAACUGAAGAUGAGGUGGAUUUUAUGAAAGAUCCCAGAGACAGCGCAGCUUGCGAGGAAGCGAUAAACCGUGAAAGCUGGUGCUCGCUGGAGCCAUGUCCCGACUCUUCGCUGCUGGAGCGCAAGCGGACAAGGGAGUCUCCAGAAUGUGAGAACUUCUUGGAGGAUGGGCUGAGCAGCGUCUGUGCCUCAUCACAGGGUGUCCUUAAAAGAGAGUCCGGGAGCGAGUCUGACCUCUUCCCCUUGCCUGGUGAUGGGAUGGAAGACCUUGUCUUUGGAAAGCAGCCUGAGGAGGAGCAGUCCGCUUGCGAUAUCACCAGCUCCAGUUCCUCCGCGGAUGACACCAUGUCCUUGGAAAGGAACUCGUCCCUGGGCAGUGACACGUCCCUUCCCUUCCCGCCUGCAGUGAGCUUCGUGCAGCCCAAGGACAGGCGCAGCCUGGAUGGGAGCUGCACGAGCAUGGUAACCCCAGAGGGAGGAGAGGGCGAGCCCGCUGGCUUGGGAGAGAAGGACGAGGAACUGGACAGCAUCACAGAUGUGCCCACUCCUUCCUCCGUCCUGAGAAACUCCAUGCGGCCGCUGUCACCUUUCCGUCGCCACAGCUGGGGGCCGGGGAAGAACGCCACCAAUGAGGCAGAAAUCAAUCAGAGGAGUUCAAUGCGAGUUCUGGGGGAUGGUAUAAAGAAGCCUCCCAUUCAUAGGAGAAGUUUGAGCUGGUGUCCCUCUGGUGUACAGUUCACUGCCAUGGUUCCUGACUUUAAUUGUAGAAGUUACAGCCUAGAAGGUCUUGCUGGAGAUGCUGGUGAGAUCAAGAAGCCCUCUGCAAACUUGGAGGCAGCUUCUCUGAGCUCCAAAGACCUCAGACGGAGUCCACUUGCCAGCAACCAGUGUGGGUCUCUGGUCUUGCUCACCGAAGAACUUGAGCAAGGGGAAAUUGGAGACUAUGAUCGCCAGAUUCAUCCAACCUCACAGCCACAAGGAUUUAAUUUCUGUACUUCAUCUGUUUCAUCACCACUGACCAAAUCUGUGUCUCUAAUGUCAAUUAGUAAACCAGCGCUGGACAGUGCUCCGGCGUUCGGCGGCCCCGCAGGUUCCUUGGUGCAGAGCAUAUCUGAAGAGAGCAGCAGUGUCCCCUCUGGUAAAAGUGCAACAAAAGUCAGUCGUACCUUCAGCUACCUCAAGAAUAAAAUGUCCAGCAGCAAGAAAAGCAAAGAAAAAGAGAAGGAUAAAGAGAAGACUAAAGAGAAAGACAAAGAUUCCAAGGAGAAGGAAAAAGAUAAGAAGCUGUUAAACGGACAUCUCUUCACUGCAACCUCCGUUGUAGCCCAAGCAACCUGUUACCACUGUAUGAAACCUUUCAAUAAGGAUUCGUACUACUGUGCAAACUGCAAUGCAAUUGUUCACAAAGGCUGUAAGGAAAGUUUUGCUUCUUGUGCAAAGGUGAAAAUGAAGCCACAAAAAGGAAUGUUGCAGGCACAUGAUACCUCUUCAUUACCCACAGUAACCAUGAGAAACAAAAGUUCACAACCUAAGGAGCGCCCUCGUUCAGCAAUACUUGCUCCUGAUGAAAACACCGUCACCUCAAUAUUCAAUAACAGGAGAUCACAACAGACUACAGCGCUUUCAAAAAGUGUCUCAAUACAGAACAUUGCAGGAGUUGGGAAUGACGACAGCUUAAUACACACUUGGAAAUUUCUGUCCCAGUCAACAGACUCUUUACAUAAAAUCAGCCGGGUGAAUGAAUCCAUGGAGUCACUAGUUGAUGAAGGUGCAGACAUGAAUGAAGGACAGCUGAUGGGAGACCUGGAACUAGAUUCCAAGCUGCUGGAGGCAGAGUCCUGGAGCCAAGUAGUGGACAGCAAGUUCCUACAGCAGCAAAACAAAGAUGUUGUCAAACGGCAAGAUGUCAUUUAUGAGCUAAUGCAGACAGAAAUGCAUCAUGUUCGCACCCUGAAGAUUAUGAACGAUGUAUACAGUGCAGGGAUGUUAAAAGAACUGCAGUAUGAUCAGCAAAUUGUGGACAAGAUCUUUCCCUGUCUGGAAAACUUGCUGCAUAUCCACAGUCACUUCUUCCAGCGGAUUUUGGAAAGGAAGAAGGAGUCAUUGGCAGACAAAAGUGAAAAGAACUUUGUUAUCAAGAGGAUAGGUGACAUCCUGGUGAAUCAAUUCUCUGGUGAGAAUGCCGAGCGAAUGAAGAAAACAUACGGCAAAUUCUGCGGGCAUCACAAUGAGGCAGUAAAUAAUUUCAAAGAUCUGUACUCAAAGGACAAGAGGUUUCAGGCAUUUGUCAAGAAAAAAAUGAGCAGCUCCCUGGUGAGACGUCUUGGGAUUUCUGAAUGUAUCUUGCUGGUAACACAGAGAAUUACAAAGUACCCAGUCCUGUUACAAAGGAUACUGCAGUACACCAAAGAAAAUGAAGUGGAACAUGAAGACUUGACUCAGUCAUUAAACCUUGUUAAAGAUGUGAUUGCUGCAGUCAAUAGCAAAGUCAGCAACUAUGAGAAGAAAACACGCCUUGAUGAGAUUUACAACCGGACAGAUAGCAAGUCCAUCAUGAGGAUGAAGAGCGGUCAGAUGUUUGCAAGAGAGGACUUGCGACAUCGGAAGCUCAUCCGAGAUGGGCCUGUUUCACUGAAAAAUGCAGCUGGACGGUUAAAAGAAGUCCAGGCUGUUCUCCUCUCUGACAUGCUCAUAUUCCUGCAGGAGAAGGACCAGAAAUAUGUCUUUGCCUCACUGGACCAGAAAUCCACUGUGAUCUCUCUGAAGAAGCUGAUCGUACGAGAAGUGGCUCAUGAAGAGAAGGGUUUGUUCCUGAUCAGUAUGGGUGUAAAAGAUCCCGAAAUGGUAGAAGUGCAUGCCAGCUCCAAAGAAGAGCGUAACGGGUGGAUCGAGAUCAUUCAAGACACGAUAAACACCAUGGAUAAGGAUGAAGAUGAAGGAGUGCCUUGUGAGUCUGAGUUUGAAAAGAAAGUGUCAGACACGAGAGUCAGAGCACUGAAAGAACAACUUCAUCAGAAGGAUAAGCAGAUCCUCGUCUUGCUGGAGGAAAAGACCAAGAUCUUCAGGGACAUGGCAGACACCUCUGCUCAAGAGGACAUGCCAGGCUCCAGACUGCUCUUCAGAGCCAACACUGAAGAGGCACCAAAAGGCGAGGCCAUUAUGAAAACUGCAAUAAAUGAAGUUGAACUGCUGCAAGACCUGGUAAACAGGAGCUUGGGCUGUGCCCUCGGGCAACAGGCUAGCACCACCAUUGACCAAGAAGGAGGAGUUGGCCCCAUCUCUCUUCCUAGAAGGGCAGAAACUUUUGGAGGAUUUGACAGUCAUCAGAUGAACGCCUCCAAGUGUGGAGUGAAGGAUGAAGGUGACGAUGCUCAGGACCUUCGGAGAACGGAGUCGGACAGCAUUUUAAAGAAGGGUGGAAAUGCUAAUCUGAUGUUCAUGCUGAAAAGGAAUAACGAGCAGGUUCUCCAAAGCAUUACCAGCCUCCAUAAGCUGCUCAGUGCUUUGCAGGGUGUCGUCCUGCAGCAAGACACCUACAUCGAGGACCAGAAGCUGGCCCUGAGCGAGAGGGCCCUAACCCGAAGCUUCUUCCGCCCGACCUCGUUGCUGGAACAGGAGAAGCAGCGCAACCUGGAGAAGCAGCGCCAGGAGCUCGCCAACCUGAAGAAGCAGCAGGCGCAGCACCAGGAGGAGAGGCGGAGGAGAGAGAAGGAGUGGGAAGCACGGGAGAACCAGCUGACGGAGCAGGAGGCCCAGCUGGCCCAGCGGGAGGAGCAGGUCCAGAGAGGGCGGCAGGACCUCGAUCGGGAGCGGGAGGAGCUGCAGGUGAAGAAAGCCUCCUACCAGCUCGACCUGGAGAGGCUUCGUGCGGCUCAGAAGCAGCUGGAGAGGGAGAAGGCUCAGUUCAAGAGAGACAUGGAGCGAUUACCUCAAAUGUGGUUGGAGACGGACCACAACCAGGUGUCAAAUACACAUGAGAAACUUGCAAGAGUCUCCUCCCAGUCCAGCAUUGAAGACUUCUCCAAGCAAAAGAGCCCUUCCCUUCCUAAACAAGGGCACUUUGAUGCAGAACUGUCUGUCUCCCCCAAAAGGAACAGUCUUUCAAGGACACACAAAGAGAAAAGCACUUUCCAUUUGCUUAGCACAACAAACCAGACUAACAAGGCAGCUGAGGAACAGCCCCAGAUGCCUACCCGGCUCUUCAGUUUAUCCAAACCAAAGGAGAAAAAGGAAAAGAAGAAAAAGGGCAGAGGACAUCGCUCCCAGCAAUCUGAUUCUCACUCAUCAGAAGCACCUCCAGAGGGCGAGGAGAUCUUCUGCUGAGCGCGGCUGGCACCACUGGUCACUCUCAGCUUUGGUACAGUGGACAUCUCCCUGCCUACUCCACAGCACGCUGCUCGUGCCUGCAUCUGACAAGCAUCUGGAGGUUUUGAAUAAAACAGGUUAUGAAAGUUUAUAUGUGGUAGGAAAGGGCCUCUCUCCUCGGUUUUGCAUGAACUCACGUUGCAGAGGCUGACCGCAUGGCAAGUGGUACCAUCUCCUUGUGCAAACCUCGCUUCCAAUGGAUUGGCCUGGAUGGUUUCUGUCUGUUCACACUGCUGAAGGAUGGGAGAACAUAGCCUUAAGGGGUCUGUGCCUUCAAAUUCCCCUUUUCUGGGGAAAGUAACCAAAACCAAGCAUUUAGCAAAAGAUUGGGACUUCACAAAUGGUGCGUACACACUGGCAUAUAUAGAGAUACUGUACAUAUCCAUCUCUCUAUCUGUGUAUCCACUGGGAUGUGCUCACAGUCUGUUCAGCCAAGCUUAGCUCGGCCCAUGGGGAUGGAUGAUGACUUUCAGGGAGCGUGCAGAUAUUAAAUAUCUCGCCCUUACUGCUCCAGCUGUAACACCAUGGGCUCGCACGCCCCUCUUGUGCUCAUGGAAUGGGCUGUUGGGUUUCAGAAAGGUACCGCACACCAGGGAGCAGUUACAGUGUGCAAAAUGAAAAUUCAAGGAACAAAUAAAAUUGGAUGUUUUUCCAAGAGCUUUCUGUGGGGCAGAGGAGUUAAAUGUCACGCUGUUUCCAGAAUCAUGUAGAACAUCUUUGGGUGUAUUUAAAACAAUGCAGAAAAGAGAAAUUUGGGAGGCUUGUAAGGCAACCCCGGGAAGCCAGAGCAGAUGGUGGUCAAGUGGGAACAACUCUAAGCAACUUUUUUUAAGCAGUCUCUUUGAGCUACGGCUCACUGCUUCCCAUCUCCUACGUAAAGAUUUAUUUGUUUUGCUGGGAUAUAUUUCUCCAGUUGUAUUUCACAUCCCUUCAUUACAAGCCUGAUGACUUACUGGAGAGAUGGCUGGAAGUCUGCUUUUAGGGACCUUUGUUCUGUUAUUUGUAUUUUUCUUCCCCUGCUCUUUACAUUACCACGAGGCUUAUGUUUCUCUGGAUUUUGUCAGCUUCUCCAGCUUGUUUCUAAGGCAGAACGACAACAGUUUCGGAGCACUUCAGUGAGAUGUCACAGGUCAGGGGGCUGAGUGCUGUGAGCAGAGUGAACUCUGAAGAGGCAGCUCUUAGUUCCUCUGCCUGUACGAUACCGUGCACUUACUAUUUCUGGGGAGAAAGAUAUAUUCUGGUGAACAAAAAUAUUGUGUGAUGGGUCCAAAGGCCCAGUGUGCCUUUGCCAGGUCCGUUUCUGUUGCUGUGUGAUCUGUGGUGGACGAGUCCAUGUCUGUGUCACCAUCAGCAGAAGGGGAAGGUUCAGGGAUGGCUCUCGAUGUGCCGACAGAGAUGUUUAUACAGCUGGGGAGUACAGUGAUGUAUCCAGCAGGGGAAGAGAAAUGCAGCAAGCCAAUUUUUUUUCCCAAAAUAUUGUUCUUCCAGACCCUCUCAGGGGAAUUGGCCUGGUGGAUUUGUAAAUGGUUAUUAGACUCUAUCAGCUUCAAAAUAAUCCAAGGGUUUGCUCAGAGUUCGAAGCUGUCAAGUGCAUUUCCUUUCCUACUAGUUUUUCUUUAAAGAAAAAUAAUAAUUCUUUAGUUGCACUAUUGUUUGAUUUCAAUUUGCUCUUUAGCUUCUCACAAGCUAGUAACACGCAGCAAUUUUCAGAGUUCAGUGCUAAUGAGUAUCAGCAGUGUUGAUGGUGAGGUGGAUGCUUAGACUGGUCUGUCUUGGUCAGUGCAGGAAUCCUAAGCCACCUGCUUGCUUUUGAAGCUCUCUAAACUAUUAAGAUGAAAAAAAAAGGAAAGAAAAAAAAAAAAGGAAGAAAGGAAAAAGGGUUGAGAUUUAUUGAUUUAUUUUUAUUUUGCUUUUUUAAUGUUAUUUGGUGCUUGUUCUUACUUGCAAGCAGGGCUUGCAAAAAUAUUUAUCUUUCUGUUUAUUUGAAAGAGUUCUUUUUUUAAAAGAAGUUUACUUGGUUUUAUUUUUUAUUUUUUUUAAUUUUGCUUUUGUUUGGGGAGGGUGGUUUGUUUUUUUUUUUUUUUUCUUCUUCCCUUUUUUGUUUUGUUUGGUUGGUGGGUUGUUUUUUUUGUUUUGUUUUAUUAUUAUUUUCUUACAAGAGAUUGGUAAACCCAAUAUCUCCCUGGUUCCUAUAAAAACAGGGUUUGGGCAGUGCUGCUUAGCAGCCUAUGCCACGUCCAGAGUUACACAAUUUCAACUGAGAGCUUUCUUUAAGGCAGAACGUCUUUGGGCCAGAAAAGUCUGGAAAGAGAAGCGGUGACUUCAGACAGGACUCCUCCUAUCAGUUAGUUUCCUUGUCUAAAUAUUUUCCUUAGGUUUGCUUCUUGGAGGCAAAGGGAGAGCAAAGCACAGCCUCCUGCAGUGAUGCGAGGCUCCGGUCGAUGUCCGGGCAGAUCCCGGCAGCUCUUCUCGACCAGGAAGGAGGCACGUGCUGCUGUUGCGGUGGUUUCUUCUCAACAAGAAGAGCACUCGUGUAACCAGAUGACUUCUGUCCCGCUAUUCGUAUGUCUGUGCAAAUGCAUGUGCCAAGCUGAAAUUUUUGGAAACCAAACCAGUGCGUGGCUCAUCCUCUGUUGUAUAAACAGAGAUCAGGACCCUGGUAUUUCUGAACGUUCCCCAGAGUCUGUUACAGCCUUUGCCACUAUGAGCUUUUCUUUUCUUCCCACUGUCCUUUCCCCAGCACAUCCUGAAGUCGCAGUGCAGGGGAACGUCCCUUGGCUCUGAGAAGAGCAUGAACAGGGGGACACGCAGGACCAAGUCUCUGCCUGCUCUGACCAUCUCUUCUGACCUGUGCAAACCAAAACAAGCAUCCAGUGCCCUGAGUGAAAAUAAUAUUUGCUAUGUGAUCUCCUAAGGUCCCCAUGGUUCCUUGUCUUAGAAACCACAGGCUUGAAUCAGGACGUACUGAUGGGAAAUAUUGCAUAUCAAAGCUGUUUGUGUCUUAAAUUCUGGUGGGCAGGCCUUUGUCCCUCGAGGAUGUACAUCGCUGUAUGAUUCACUGGUUUUGGAAUGAAGCCUUUACUCCCACACUGCUUCCUCCUUCUUUCACCUUUAGGAAGGUGAGGGCUUGUUUUUAUCUCCUUAGCCUUUUCUUUCUUCCCUCUCAGGUUUUCUUUGGAAAGGCUUGGCAUCGGUUUCCCAAGUCAGAUUCCCACUCUGAUCCCUGCAGGUUGCCUAAGGUUGUCUGCUAGACCGUGGUCCCAGUUUUGCAACACCAAAGCCUUUCCUUUUCCUGGCCUUACAGCUGCAUUUGCUUCGGUUCCACACUUGGCAUCCAUCCUACAGUUGUUGAAAGCAUAUCGUUUCCUCAGCCCGGCCUCACGCCGUGUCUCGUUCCCAGAGCUGGUCCCUCGAUCCCACUCAGAGAACCCAAACCCUGUAAUUCCUUCAUGGGUUUCCCGGGACAAGAACAGGUUCCAGAACGUCUCAGAUGAAGUACCAAGUGGUCAGUAUGAGCUGGGAGUGCCAGGGGACCCCGGAGGUUAGGGAGCAGCCGUAGCAAAGGGUGUGAGCCUCGGUGGAGUUGCGUGGGGUUGGCCUUAGCUUCCUUUAAGCGACGUGAUCAUCUCAGCAUGUAACUCUUAUGUCAGUGUGAUGCCUUAAAGCACUUUAAAUGGAACUGGUCAAGUCACUUUUCAUUUUGGUUACGUGGAGACAAUCAGCUGUGUAAUUGCCCCCACUCCGCAUCCCCAGAGAAGUCCAAGCUGCAGGUAGGCAAGUUCCUGGGGCUGGCUUGGCGUUACCCCGGGAGGGGAGGGAGGGGCGAGCAUUUUGUAUUAGUUUUAGACCAAAGUGGGCAUGAAUACAACUCCAGUCCCACUGCAGGCAGGAUGAGCCCUUUCCCCAUGGGGAGAACCCAGCAGUCAUUUACUCACAAAGCCCUCCAGACCUUCCCACCUCCCACCAGGGCACUUAGGAGAGCAGGCAGGGGCAGGACCAGAGCAACUGGCUUCUGGUGGCCCAGUGUAGCCCCCUGGGAGAGCCCACGCCACCACCAGCACCUUCCUUCUCUUCACCCCUGGAGUUUGACCACUGCUGAGAAGCACAGCGAUGCCAUUAGCUGGAGCGGAUUCCUACUGCCUUUCAAAGGCGAGAGCACCUGUAGAGUCCAAUCAUCCUUGCGCCUUCCUUGCUGCAUUAGGGUGUCUCAAAGCUGUUGCUCAAACACCCAAAUCCAGUCCUUCCAAAUCUCACCGGGUCAGAAGAGGUUCGUCAGGUGCCAAAUGCCAAGGAAGUGAUUGAUGUAGGCUGUCUGUAGCACGGACCAAGGGAGGACUGGGCAGGGGGCACAGGAGAGAGUAUCUGCUUAAAUUCCACAAAACAUUCCUUGUUAACCAGAACUCUGGAAAUUAUUCUGCCUGCUGGCCAGGUUUGGGAAUUUAACAUAAUUUAAGGCACCCUUUAAAAUAAUAUUAAGAAAGAAAACUUCCCCUACUGCUCCUGACUCUUGCUUCGUUUGUCAGAAGGGGCAGCAAUCAGCCACGAUCCAUUCUUGAUCUGUUGACGCAGCUAAGUUUUAAAGGUAGGCAAGCUGAACUGGCCAAAUCUCAUACACCUCUUGCUCUCGAGUCAUGGGAAGCAUAACGCUGGCUCCCUUCCCACCUGCAUUUUGAGGGCUCGGUGCCCUUUUCUUUCCACGUGCAUUUCACUGACACUGAUGCUUUGCCCAAAUAUAUUCUGCUUCCAUCGCUUGGGGGGAGGGGGGGACAGGAUGACAUCCACUGCUUUGCAUACAGCUAUGAGCUUUGUAUGUAUUUAAGCUGUCUAUAGGUAUCGAUCAUUUCCAUGCUCUAAAGUAUUUUACUAUUUUCUUUAUUGAUGGUAAACACUGACUCAGAAAACUCUUUAUGUCCAGUUCAGUUCGCCUAUGGUUAAAGUUUAGCCUGGUGUUUAUUUUGUACUAAUACGGAAUGCACUUGAGUAAUUCCCAGUGAGGAGGUGUAUUAUAAUAACCUGAUAUACCUCUGCCUUUGGUUUGUUUCUUAAAAAAAGAAAAACAAAUAAAUAAUGCUUUGCAUUUUCAUGUUGAACCCAUAAAAAGAAAAGUUGGAAAAAAAAAAGAUUUUUUUAAAAAGAGGGUAAAACCUAAUUGCUGUAUGUUAAUUUGUAAUUAUGUAAAAAGUGAGCAGGUUAUUGACUGUAAAAUUCUUCAGUUUUUCUGUAACUUGCCAGAAACCAUUAGGGUUUGUAACAAGCUUUUAUUUAUCUUCCUUUUUAGUUAUCAGCAUCAACCUCUUGUAAAGUCAUUUUUCCUCUAAAUAAAUUUGAUUUUAAGUCUGA